CCAUGCCGCUCCGGGCAUGCGACCGCCCGCAUAACUGUACUUAUCGCUUUAGGCCAGCGCGGCAGAGCGCUCCGAUGUCCCGCCGCAGCAGGGGCUCGCCCCUCGUGGCGCUGGUCGCCCUGGCCGCCGGGGCUUUCCUCGGCGCCGACGCCCUGGGGCCCACGUGACGGCGUCCGGAGAGCGAGCGACGCUGGCGACGGUGGCGGGCGCCUCGGACGAGGACGAGAAGCCCGCUGCUGGCCAGUGGAUGAACGGGGUGCUGUACAGGAUGGCUCAGCGCGAGGAAGGUGUGACGCCAAAGGGGCCACCGGUGAAGGAUGAGAGGGACAGGUACCUCGUGAAAUACCCCCGCUCAUGGGUACAGAAGGCCAAGGAUCUCGCAGCGGCUGGGCACACCAGGAAGUUCAACUUCAUCGGGGCUCUUCGGGAUCUGAGCGCAGAGUCCAGCUACCCCAUGGGCGUGCGCGACUGGAUCGCGCCGUUUGUGAGCAAACAUCUCGCGGCCGACUACUACAAGGAUACCAAUCCAGCGCCCGAGACGAAACUACUGGGGCCUUAUGACCAUUCUCAGGAGAAGAGAAAUUUCACUAAGCAGCAGAAGUCGUAUGAGAAUGAUGAGGUGCCAUUUGACGAGACGUACUUCCGCACCCUCUGCGAGAGUGAGUUCACCUUGGCUCCUGCUGGUGACCUGCCCUACAGUAACAGGUUUAUGGAGGCAAUUCUGUGUGGAUCAAUCCCGAUCGUGGAUAAGGAAGAGUACGCGAAUUGCGAGCACCACCAGUACUAUGCCAAAGUAAAGCUCUCCAAGCAGAUUGGAUGGCAUUUCUACAUCGCAAAGGAGGACCCCGCCUUCGAGUACGUCUACAACCGCACAUGGGCCGAGGAGAACUUGCAGAAGGCGAUCAGAUACCACACUCUGAUGACAGGGUUCAACGAUGAUGAGUUAUACCGUCAGGCCGGGGAGCAGCCGCUGCCGGCGGCCGCGGCCGCGGCCGCGCCGGUGUCCACCAAGGCCGAAGAGCAGCCCGCCAUGCCAGAGGCCAAGAGGGAGGUCACGGCGGCCGCGGCCGCGGCCCCCGUCGCGCCGCCGCCGCCGCCGCCGGCCGCGGCCGCGCCGGUGCCCCCCCAGGCCGAGGAACAGCCCGCCACGCCAGAGGCCAAGAGGGAGGUCGUGGCCCCGAGCGCCAGCGAGGCCGCCCCUGACGCGGCCGAGGUCGCGGUCGCGCCGGCGCCGCCGGCAGCCGAGGCGCGCAGCAGCGUGCCGUCUGCGGCCUCCGCAGAGGCCAAGACGGCCCUGCCGAGCACCACCAGUGGGACCCCGCACCCCGCCGCGGCGGCCGCGCCGCCGCCGGGGCUGCUGGUCCACAGCGGCGUGGCGCCCUCGGGGGCCGCUGCGCGCUGGCUGCUGGCCGGGGGGCUGCUGUGGCUGCUGUGAGCGGCACGCCGCGCUGGCCAGCGCUCCUCCCUUGGCUCAGGGGGUUCCCCCUCACUGCUGCCCUUUCUCCGAGACCUCAAUAUCGAAUCGGCGCGCUUCCAUUUACAAGGACGUUGCGCUGUAGGCGGCGACAGUUGUAACACAGCGGACUGACCGGCCGGUCCCCUUCGAUGCACAGCCGCCUCCUCCGCUUUCUCAUGUGUACUUCGACCACCCUCUGCGGCCCCCUGCGCGCCCGAUGGACCUCUCCAGCUUCCAAACGCCAGAUCCCGCGCCGCUUCAUCUCCCUUGUGCGUCUCCCUGCCCAGCGCGCCCUCUCUGAGCUCACCCCCGCGGCAUCCAGAGACCCUCCACGACGGACUGCUGGCGUGCUGCCUCGCUGGGAUCGGGGUUUCCCUGGCAACAGACGGGCGACAGGCGGGCGGGCCGUGCGGCGUUGGACGGCCAAGUCGUUUUCCUGCCGCCAGAAGGCGGCCGGACAGGAAGAGGAUGUGCCACCGCGGGUAAUGUAGGGUCCGG